CUUCCAUGAAGAAUCUCAACAGACCCUGAACAUUACCUGUUGUGUAUGCCCGGGUUUGGAUGUUGGGCUGAAAUGUUUGGUUGUCCCAGGAUUACACUUGCAAUAUCGUGAUUAAUGCAUUUGCGCAGCAACUAGCUGCUGUUCAGGUAUAUAAAAGAGUUGUAGUUGGGAGACUGAAGGAAGCUUUGUCAACCUUCCAUAACCCCUUCCAUUCUCUCCGUCCCUCCUUUGACUGAAAAUGAAGACCUUUGUCGCUUCCAUUGUCGCUGCCGUCGCGUUUAUCCCCGCUACUCUUGCUGUCCAGGCAAAUCCUCUUCCUAUCCCUCAGCACAUUGAGUGGGGUCACUCUGGUCCUAUCGCCAUCGACCAUCAUCUUAGCUUCCACGCUCCAAAGAAUGCUAUCCUCAGUGAUGCCAUCAAGCGUACCACUAAGUUGAUAUGGAAGGAAAAGUAUGAGCCUGUAGUUGUCCAGGGUCCCCCUGCCAACUAUACUCCUUUCCCCACUCUCUCCCAAUCCAAGCGUGGUGUUAAGCACACAUUGAAGAAGAUCGAUGUUGUUGUCACUGACCUCAAGGCUGAUCUUCAAGCUGGUGUUGAUGAGUCCUAUACCCUUGACAUUCCCGCUGGUAACACUGGUGUCAUUAAGGCUAAGACUGUUUGGGGUGCUUUGCAUGCCUUGUCCACCCUCGAACAGCUUGUCAUAUCCGAUGGUGGUAGUGGUUUGGAAAUUGAAGAACCUGUCUCCAUCAAGGACUCUCCCAAGUUCAUCCACAGAGGUGUCAUGUUGGAUACCGGUCGUAACUUCUUGCCAGUUGAAGCUAUUCUCCGUCAAAUCGAUGCUCUUGCCUGGGCUAAACUUAACGUUUUCCAUUGGCACAUUGAUGACUCUCAAUCAUGGCCCAUCGAUAUCAAGGCUCAUCCCGAGAUGACCAAGGAUGCCUACUCUAAGAAGUUCACUUACAGCCAUGCCGAUGUUAAGAAGAUCAUCAGUUAUGCCAAGGCUCGUGGUGUUCGUGUCAUUCCUGAAAUCGAUAUGCCCGGUCACUCCUCUUCUGGAUGGAAACAAAUUGAUCCCAAGAUCGUCGCUUGCGCUGACUCUUGGUGGUCCAAUGACGUCUGGUCACUUCACACUGCUGUCGAGCCUAACCCUGGUCAGCUUGAUAUCUUGUACCCCGGAACCUACAAGGCCAUCGAGUCUGUCUACAAUGAGUUGUCUGGUAUCUUCUCUGAUGACUACUUCCACGUCGGUUUCGAUGAAGUCCAUCAAGGCUGCUACAACUUCUCCUCUCUUGUCAGAGACUACUUCAAGGCUGAUCCUAGCCGUGACUACACUGACUUGGGUCAGUACUUUAUUGACCAUGCUCUUCCUAUCUUCCAGAACAAGAAGGAUCGUAGAGUCAUCAUGUGGGAAGAUGUUAUCACUGCUAUUGGUGGUGUCACUGCCAAGCAUGUUCCCAAGAACGUUAUUAUGCAAACCUGGAACAACGGCCCCAACAACACCAAGCUUCUUACCUCGCAAGGUUAUGACGUUAUUGUUUCCUCGUCCGAUUUCUACUACUUGGAUUGCGGUCACGGUGGCUGGGUCACCAACGAUCCUCGUUACAACGUUAACUACUCUCCUGCUUUGGAUGCCAGCAUCUCUGACGCUUUCGCUGCUGAUCCUUCCACUGCUUAUUCUCCUACUACCUAUAACUAUGGUGGUGCUGGUGGUUCUUGGUGUGCUCCUUACAAGACCUGGCAACGCAUUUACGAUUAUGAUAUCACUGUUGGUCUCACUGCUGCUGAAGCCAAGCACGUCCUUGGUGGAGAGACCCCUCUCUGGGCUGAACAAAACGAUGCCACCACUGUUGACAGCAAGCUCUGGCCCCGUGCUGCUGCUCUUGCUGAGUCUCUCUGGUCUGGUAACCGUGAUGCCAGUGGCAAGAAGCGUGUUAACCAAGCUACCUUCCGUAUCCUCGAAUUCCGUGAGCGUCUCGUUGGCCGUGGUGUCGGUGCUGCUCCUCUGCAACCCAGAUACUGCUUGAAGCAUCCCCACGCUUGUGAUCUCAUGUAUGAUCAGAACGCCGUCAUCGCCUAAGUCUUCCUCGAAUAGAGACUACCUAUGCUCUGAAGAUUCCAAGUAUUAAUUUUUCCUAAAAUAAUUUAAAGCUUAAUAAAUGGGCUCAAGACUGACCAACCUGGUGUAAGAGCAACGUCAA